AAGUCGCCAAGUACUUCAGUUGUGCCGUUAACAAUUGCUUCAAUGUAUAUGGGACUACGCCGGACGUAGACCAACUGCGACAUCUCUGAACAUACCAUUUACUCGAACAAUUGAUUGAUUCUCUCACUGUGAAAUUAAUGUUUAGUGAAAUUAUUACCUCGAAGUGAUCAAUUGUGUUUUUUUUGGAAUUUAAAAGUCCAUUCGGUCUAUUUUUAUUGAGAGAAACAUCUUAUAUUUUCAAGUUUCGAAACAACAAAUCGAAAUGAAGGGAAUGGAUACGAAAAUUCAACUGAUUGGAGUUUUUUUUUUACUUCACUCAGUCAUUACCGUUAAGGUGCCAGUAUCAACGAAACCAGCACCACCGAGAGACACCAGAUCUGUGCAGCAAUUAACGGCGGGUGAUACGUGGAGUUUCAAUUCAUUCUUCAGCUCACUGCGUAAUUACUUCACUUACGAUACGGAACCGUCCAAUCAACUCACUUCUGGUCAUGUUUCUACACACGCAAGUUUUGACUUCCCAACACCAAACGUGCAAUUCUUACAUCGUCCAGCGGUGUCGGCUGUUUACAUCACGCCGGCACAAUGGUCCAGCCAAAAUCCCUGGUCACCACGAAACAAUCAGAGCUGUGGAAAUGAACUCUUCAGGAAAUGCCAGCGUUCUAGCUAUCGUACCAUCGACGGUUCUUGCAACAACCUUGACAAUCCCACGUGGGGUAUGGCGCAAACACGUUACGCGCGGCUAUUACCCACAAUAUAUUCAGAUGGAAUAUGGACUCCCGCAUUAGCGAAGAGUGGAAGGCCUCUGCCUCGAUCACGACUUCUCAGUCAUCGACUAUUUCCUGAGGUGAGGAUCAAAGAUCCUCAAUGGACGCUUGCCACAAUGCAAUGGGGACAAAUUAUUACUCAUGACAUGGCUGAAUUGGGGACUUUGUCGAUGUUUAAUGCUGAGAGUAGCCCUUGCUGUACAAACAACAAUCGUCUUGCCCUGAAAAAUCUCGACAAUCCAGCGUGUUUUCCGAUCGUCGUAGGCCCGGAGGAUCCUGAUUACAGAAAUCAACAAUGUUUAACAUUCCAGCGAGCUGUGACCGAUCGUCUUCUCGGUUGUUCUCAGGGAGAGGGAUCCACUGAACAGAUCACAAUGGUAACCCAAUUUCUGGAUCUUUCCCUCGUAUACGGAUCAUCAGACCAAACUGCUAUGAAUCUUCGUGCAUUGGUAGGUGGACGUCUCAGGACUGAAAUAAGGAGCCAGAGGGAAUGGCCACCAACCAAUCCAAAUGCUUCUAUGGCAUGUGAUAUUCGUUCGUCCAAUGAUGUCUGUUACGUCGCUGGGGAUGAUCGAGUUAAUCAGAACACUCAACUCACUGUUCUCCAAAUUAUUCUCCUUCGUGAGCACAAUCGAAUCGCCGGACAACUCUCACGACUCAAUCCCCAUUGGAACGAUGAGACAAUUUAUCAGGAGACCAGACGCAUCACAAUCGCCAUCAAUCAGCACAUCUCUUACUCCGAAUGGCUGCCCAUUAUUCUCGGUGCCAAAAAUACCGCCAGAUAUCGCCUCGUCUAUAAUACCGACGAUUAUGUUGAUGAUUAUGAUGCCAGUGUUAAUCCAUCCGUUCUUAAUGAACAUUCUAACGCCGCCUUCCGUGUCUUCCACUCCCUUAUCGCUGGAUAUCUCAAACUUGUUAUGGAAGAUCGUUCUGCAUCGCAGAGUUUGCUGAGACUUAGUGAUUGGUUCAUGAGACCCAGCAUUAUUGAACAGGCCGAUAAUAUGGAUGCGUUGACCAGGGGCCUUGCUGAUCAGCCUGAACAGAACAGAGAUGAGUUUUACGAUCGGGAGAUUACAGUCUUCCUGUUCCGAGGUAAUGGCAGAUUGGGUGGAGAUUUGCGAGCUACUGAUAUUCAACGAAAUCGAGAUCAUGGAUUGGCAAGUUACAAUGACUACAGGGACUUCUGUGGAUUAAGGAGAGCUGGGACUUGGGGAGAUUUUGGUGAUACCAUUUCAGCGCAGAAUAUCGAAAAAUUGUCGCAAUUAUACGAAACCCCGGAUGAUGUCGAUUUAACGGUCGGUGGUUCUCUGGAGGAAAAUGCACCAGGUGCAUUAACAGGGCCGACUUUCCUUUGCAUCCUGAUUGAGCAGUUCUAUCGUACACGAGUUGGUGAUCGAUUCUGGUACGAAUCUUCGAAUCCCGACGUUGCAUUCACCAGAGAACAAUUGAGAGAAAUUCGAAAGGCAAGCAUUGGCAGACUGUUAUGUGAUAACAGUGAUAACGUCCAGAAUAUGCAGCGCAGAGCAUUCGAAAUUCCAUCACCAACGCAGAAGGUAUAUCUUUCUCGUAUGAUGUCUCCAGAUCAACUGACUCUCAGUGACCAAAGAUUUCACACUCUAGACCCAUUUGCAAAAGGGCCUUGUUCAUUCAUUCCUUUCUGUUUCUUCUCUCGUUCUAUUUAUUAAAAUCAUUGUAAACAUUUCGGUACUGUUUGCAGAAAAACUAUAAAAACUAUAACAUACUGAGAUGGACUGAAAAACAGCUAUAGAAAGAUGAUUCAUCUUAGUCCACACGUAUCAAGCAUUUUCAAUAUAAAUCAUUUGAACUAUCAGUGAACACAUAUCGAUGUAGACGCAGAAAAACUUGAACAUAAAUUAAUAAUAAUGUUUAUGAAUCUGUUUUUUACGAUUUUCAAAGCGCAUCUGAAGUUUGAAGGUGAAGAGUAAAUUAGAUGGAGGGAAAUAUUCCAUAAUUCUCCCAAAGAAACAAGCAGCAACUGACUGCAAUCCGACAGAAGUAAUGUGACCGUUACUUUACGCGUAAUUAGUAAUUUAUUUUAUAAUUUCUACCAAUUCCAUUGCUGGUUGCUUCCGAAUGAAUCCCCACCAAUUGGAUUUGAAAAAUGAGAGAUUAGAUAUUCGCGAUGUGAUUGGAAAAUUAAAAAAAAAUUGACUAAUGUUUAGAAUACAAAAUUUCUAUUUCAAGUGAAGUCAAAAAUAUUCUGCGUUUUUUUAAAUGUAAAAUGAGAGAAAAAUAGGUGAAUUUUUAUAGUGUAAUUCCGGUAAAAAUUACUGUGCUAAUUUCCAAUUUUGGCGGAAACUAUAGACCUGAAAAAAUUACUAUACCGCAUUAGGAAAACUUCGAGAUCGUCCUCGUAAAAAUUCAAAGUUUUAUGCAACAUUUCCCAUAACAAAGACUAACUUCAGCAAUAAUCAGCUCCGUGCGGUGCUCAUUGUUAAUCAAUCACAAUCAGUUACCGAAAAAUUACUCUGUGGCACAGUAAAAAAUGAAGGAAAGUCCAAUAAAAGUUUUUAAAAAUUUCUAUCAAUUUUUUAUUUCCCUUCAAAUAAAAAAUGACAGUCCUUCAAAUUUUAUGGCGCUGUUUCGUAAAUUUUACGAAGCCACAUAUCAUUAAUUACAAAACUUAUGGUAUUGAUAGGAAUUUUUAUGUGUUACUAAAACACAUUUCAGUAUUUUAAUAUCAUGCACCUCAAUUCUAGUGCUCGGCACAGUAUUUUGUCCAAGACAUUUCUCUCCGUGUAGACUUAUGUUAUUUAUCAAUUUUUCCAAUAGCCAUAUAAAGUAUCGUCUUCA